GACAAAUAUUUUUCGCUGCUGCGGUCGCAAGCCGGACAGACGCCUCCCGACGGCGAGACGGAGAGCACCGCCGCCUGAUCGCCAACAGACAUGGCCAACCCAGGCUCGCUCGCUCGCCUCGUGUCCCUGCUGGUGAUCAUCAUGGCAGACGCGGGAUCUUCGGCGUUGCUCGAGCUCUCCUACACUUACAACCUCGACGCCCCAACGUCUCCUAAACUCACGCCCUUCACGUAUAAAGUCCUCAAGAAAGGAUACAACGACUUCGGUGUCUGGGUGGAGCUGAAUGAGUUCUGCGCGUCCGAGCACUCCGGGACGCACCUGGACGCGCCCGUGCACUUCGCCAAGGACCGGUGGGGCGUCAGCGACAUCCCCCUCGACCGGCUGUGGAGGGUGCCCGCUGUGGUCAUCGACGUGUCCCAGGCCAUCGCGCGGUCCGGCCAGAUCGACUACCCUAUCUCGGUGGGUGACCUCGAAGCCUGGGAGAAGGUGCACGGGGUGAUCCCGGACCACACCCUCGUCCUCGUCCGCACGGGCUGGGGUCUCAAGAGCGGCGACAUGCAGGCCUACUCCAACGUGGACGAGACCAACACCAACCACUUCCCCGGUCUGAGCAAGGACUUUCAUGACGUCUUCAAGGUCUUUUAUGACGUCACAAUCGUUCCAGGUCUGAGCAAGAGCAAGGGUCUCGUCGUCACAGGUGACUCCAACGUCCACUCGAACGGUCUUUUACAGAACAUCGUUCCAGGUCUGAGCAAGGUGUCCUAUGACGUGGAAAGCGCCCACGAGGCUAUGUAUUCGCGGAAUCUCUUUGGCUUGGAGAACGUCGCUAAUAUGCAUAAGCUUCCUCCCUCGGGCUUCCGCGUCACCAUCCUGCCCAUGCGGAUCGGCGGAGGGAGCGGCGCCCCCGCUCGCAUCGUCGCCGAACUGGACCAGCGCGCCGAGCCCCUCGCCAGCGCCUCCUCCAGGAACGUGGGCGCGUCCCUGGCCACCCUCCUGCCCGUGUUCCUGCCCGUCCUGAUCGCGGCGGUGUUCGGGAAGAGGGGCGCCUAGGUUGGAUGGGCGGCCGUGGGCUGGAUGGGCGUGUGGAGACUUGAUGGGCGUCCGUAGGCGAGAUGGGCGUGCAACUCCCGGGGCUUGGGUCUUGAGGCGUAGCUUCUUAUUCCAGAGUAAUAAGUGAGAUUUUUUUUUUUUUUUUUUUUUUUUGGGGGGGGGGUAUUAUUUUCUGGUGUCAGCAAAAGCAGAGAACAAGAAAUUUUAUGGGGAAAAAAAUAUUAGGGUUGAGUUGACAUGAAUAUUUUCAGUGUAAUAUAUGAAAAAAGAGGUUUGCAUCUGUUGUUUUUAGAUAGGUUUAUUUUGCAUAUAUGUGUUAUUAAUUUUUAAUGGAGAAAAUGACUCAGGAAAUGUGUUCAUGUAAAUGCUAAUAAAUUGUCUCUGGAAUUUUUAAUGUAAUUAAAGAGUAGAAAACAUAU